AUGCCUGUGAAACCAGAGUUCAAAGUGACGCUAUUGGGCGCGGGAGGCGUCGGGAAGAGCGCUCUGACGCUGCGGAUAAUAUCGGGCGUCUUCACGCCGACCUACAACCCGACCAUCGAGGAUUACUACCGACACGACACCAACAUCGACGGCGUGGGGCCGUGCAUCGUGGAGAUCCUGGACACUGCCGGCACGGAGCAGUUUGCCAGCAUGCGGCAGCUGUACAUCAGCAACGGACAAGCCUUUGCGCUCGUCUACGCCGUGGACGACCGCGCGUCUUUUGAGGAGGUGAAGGAGAUCUACCAACAUAUCACGGAGUCAAAAUCGCCGCAGAACAUUUCCGUCGUUCUCAUUGGAAACAAGUGCGACUUGGACGAUCGGCGCGAGGUGGAAACGUGGGAGGGUCAGGAGGCCGCGAAGGAGAUGUGCAACUCUCAGUUCCUGGAGACCUCGGCGAAGGAGGGCACGCACGUUUUCAAGUUCUUCGAGACGCUCGUCAUGUGUCUGGACGGUCGGAUUCGCAGCAAGUCCAAGGACAAGUCGCUCAAGAACGGCAGAAGACGCGACGGACGCGAGCGGAGCAGAUCGCAACCGGACCUGAGAACGUACUCGCUCUCUGGACACGAUUACUACGACCAUUCUCUGCCGAGCGCUGAGGCUAUUCCGGGCCACACGACCAAGGGACGAAAAUGCGCAAUCAUGUAG